AUGACUGCCAAAGAAAGAAGGAAAGUGGCGGAACUUCUGGAAAUGGAAGCGAAGAUUCAGAAGUUAUGGUCAGAUGCAAAAGUAUUCGAAGUAGAUGCUUCCAAUGACAAGUCUGAGCCGAAGUAUAUGGCGAACAUACCAUAUCCUUACAUGAAUGGUCGUCUUCAUUUAGGUCAUUCUUUUACGAUAUCUAAAUGCGAGUUUGCGAUAGGAUUUCAACGAUUAAUGGGAAAACGGUGUUUGUUUCCCUUUGGUUUGCACUGUACUGGAAUGCCAAUCAAAGCCUGUGCUGACAAACUAAAGAGAGAAUUGGAACAAUUCGGAUAUCCACCACAUUUCCUGGAUGAUGAUAACGAUUAUGAAGUGCUAACCGAGGAGAACAGUACCAUAGAUGAGAUUAUUAAAGAUAAAAGCAAAGGGAAAAAGAGUAAAGCCAUCGCAAAAACUGGAACAGCGAAAUAUCAAUGGAAAAUUAUGAAGAUGCUGGGCUUAGACGAUUCAGAAAUCAUCAAAUUUACAGAUGCGAGCCACUGGCUUGAUUACUUCCCACAGCACUGCAUUAACGAUGUUCAAAAAAUGGGUCUCAAGGUUGAUUGGCGACGUACAUUUAUUACUACUGAUCGUAAUCCUUAUUAUGAUUCUUUUGUUUGCUGGCAAUUUCGGAAACUUCGUGAAGCUAAAAAAGUUGAUUUUGGUAAACGUUAUACAAUAUAUUCCCCAAGUGAUGGGCAACCGUGCAUGGAUCAUGAUCGAUUGGCUGGAGAGGGUGUUGGGCCUCAAGAAUAUACACUCAUUAAACUGAAGAUCCUUGAUCCAUUACCAGAGUUAUUUGCGAAAAGUGGAAAGAAUGUUUUUCUAGUUGCUGCAACUCUAAGACCUGAAACAAUGUAUGGACAAACGAACUGCUACAUUCACCCGGAUAUUGAGUAUUGUGCUUUUUAUGCUGGUCGAAAAGAAAAAGAAGUUUUUAUAGCAACAAAAAGAGCUGCAAGAAAUAUGAGUUACCAGGAAAUGACUGCUGAAAACGGAAAAAUACGAUUUGUUGAUGGUGCUGAAAAAAUAUCAGGCAAAGAGUUGCUUGGUUUGGCAUUAAAAAGUCCUCUGACGAAAUAUGAUCGUAUCUACUCGUUACCAAUGCUAACUAUCAAAGAUGACAAAGGCACUGGUAUUAUAACCAGCGUACCAUCCGAUUCACCAGAUGAUUUUGCGGCUUUAAUGGAUUUAAAGAAGAAGAAGCCAUUACGAGAAAAAUUUAAUCUAAAGGAUGAAAUGGUACUGCCGUAUGAGCCGAUUCCAGUUCUGAAAAUACCGGAAUAUGGAGAAAUGGCCGCCGUGCAUCUUUGUGAAAAAAUGAAGAUUGAAAGUCAGAAUGAUCGAGACAAAUUAGCAGAAGCUAAGAAAGAAGUAUAUCUGAAAGGAUUCUACGAUGGCGUAAUGGUGGUUGGUAAGUAUGCUGGGCAGAAAAUUGCAGAUGUAAAGAGAAAAAUUCAGGAAGAAUUGAUUGCAUCUGGAGAAGCAGUAUUAUUUGUUGAACCGGAAAAGAAAGUUAUAUCACGUUCUGGUGAUGAAUGCGUCGUAGCUUUAUGUGACCAAUGGUAUUUAAAUUAUGGUGAUGAAGAAUGGAAGAAGGAAACAAAAAAGGCUUUAGCUCAAUUGAAUACAUAUACAGAAGAUGUGCGAAGAAAUUUGGAUGCGACGAUUGACUGGUUACAUGUGCAUGCUUGUUGUCGAUCAUACGGUUUGGGUUCAAAAUUACCAUGGGAUCCGCAAUAUCUCAUUGAAUCGCUUUCUGAUUCAACGAUAUAUAAUGCCUACUAUACAGUAGCACAUCUUCUACAAGGUGGUGGUAUUGAUGGGAGCAUCAUCGGUCCUGCUGGAAUCAAAGCAUCCGAUAUGGUUGAUGAUUGUUGGGAUUAUAUAUUUUUAAAUAAGCCUUACAAUGCCAAAACAAUGCCUGUCCAAGAGUCGCAGUUAGCCAUGUGCAGAAAGGAGUUUCUGUACUGGUAUCCGGUUGAUAUGCGUGCUUCCGGUAAAGAUCUUCUACAGAAUCAUCUUACUUAUUAUUUAUUCAACCAUGUUGCCAUCUGGAAAGAUCAGCCUGAGUUAUGGCCUAGAAGUAUACGAGCAAAUGGACAUUUGUUAUUAAAUAAUGAAAAGAUGUCCAAACAAACAGGCAAUUUCCUGACUCUUAGUGAAACUGUGAAGAUGUUUUCUGCCGAUGGAAUGCGUAUUUCUCUGGCCGACGCAGGGGAUUAUGUAGAAGAUGCGAAUUUUGUUUAUGAUAUGGCUGAUGCAGCAGUAUUGCGUUUGUACAAUCUCCUUGCAUGGUCACGUGAAAUGGUUAUCUUACGGGAACGUGGUGAUUUACGUAGUGGACAGGAAUUCACUUUUGCUGAUCAGAGUUAUCGUGAUAAAUAUCGCGAGUAUUGCGGAGGCGAUACGGAAAUGCAUGUUGAUAUGGUUUUCAAGUGGAUUGAAACACAAGCAAUUAUUCUUUCACCAAUUUGCCCUCAUGUAUCUGAACAAAUAUGGCAGAUGUUGGGAAAGGACGGCUUUAUCGUAUGCGCAAAAUGGCCUGUUACUCCACCUGUUGAUGAUCUGAUAACGAAAAAAGCCGAAUUUUUGGAUGGUGCAAUCAGGGAUUUCCGAUUGCGUUUGAAAAAUCACAUGAAUUUGAAACAAAAAAAGAGUAAUGAUACAAAUCCGCCGUCGGAAGCAGUGAUAUAUUUCACAGUAGAGUAUCCAACUUUGCAAAAGGAAGUGCUUGGCUUAUUGAAUCAGUAUUAUCAGGAAGGCAAUGGUAUGUUACCAGAUAACAAAGAGAUAUCUCGUCGAUUAGGUGCAAUAGAGAAUUUGAAGAAGUUUAUGAAAAAGACGAUGCCUUUUGUUCAAAUGAUACGUGAAAAUUUAGCAAUAUACGGUGAAUCAGCUUUGGAUAUUGCUUGUCGAUUUGAUCAGAAAGAAGUCCUGGAGCAGAAUUUGGAUUACAUAUUAUCAACUUUGGACCUAGAAAGGGUUACCAUUACUAAUGUAAAAGAAGUAGUAUCAGCAAAUGUGGUAGAAAUGACUUAUCCUGGAAGACCGAUCAUAAUGUAUAAAGAACAAGAACCUGGUAUUACCAUUGUGUUUCGAAAUGUGGAUCCUUGCUCUGGUCUGUUUGACAUUGAAAUUCCGAUUAUAAGUGGUGACACUACAGCAGUUGUUAUCCGUCGUUUGAAGAGACUUUCAAAAGAUAUUAAGCAAAUGGCUCUGAAAAUGUUUCUUUCAGCUAAACAAUCUGUUUCUUUAUGGCGAUAUGUGGAUCCUUUUGGUGGUGAUAGGAAGUUGAUAGAAUUAAAAAAUCCUUUAAAAAACAACGAACGUAUCCCUGAUUCUGUUGGAGGAGGUGAUUGUGGACAGAAUUUAUUUGCAGCACAGUUCAAGGCAGAUAUACAAACUGGAAAAGUUUAUCUGCAGAAUAAUGGCAAUACAUUUUAUUUGGGCGGCACGAUAGUAUAUAGAAGUUCCAGUUAA